GUGGUGGCAAUUGCAGUGCUAGAGUUCAUAAGGAUACGACCCCUCAAGCGAGGUGCUCCUGCAAAUUGUUGGUGACGCAUAAACAGGCUGGAGCUAUCAUAGGGAAAAGUGGAUCAGAAAUUUCCCAUAUGGAACAGGCAGCUAAGGUCUCCAUUAAAGUGUCUCCUAGCGGUAGUUUCUUCCCGGGCACACAGGAAAGGGUAUUAGUGAUCUUUGGAGAGAGCAUGAAUAUUAGAGAGGUAGAAAUGAUGGGUGUGGGAUUAGAACCGGAGGUCUCUC